UUGGAGCUUCCAAAAGUUUAAAACCAUGAAGAAUCUAUUACUGCUACUACUGUGUGCUUUUAUUAUUAAGUCACAAGCUCUUAAUGAUUAUGAUGAGGCAGAAGAAGACAGAGAUGGGGGUGUUGUGGGUGUCCGUGGCCAUCGACCCCUCGGCAAGAAGGAAGAGGCUCCCAGCCUGAGACCUGCCCCACUUCCCAUUAGCGGAGGUGGCUAUCGGCCUCGACCACCCAAACUACCAAUCAGCCAGAAGAAACUAGAAAGAAAAGCCCCUGAUGCUGGGGGCUGUCUUCAUGCUGACCCAGACCUGGGAGUGUUGUGUCCUACAGGAUGUCAGUUGCAAGAUACUUUGGUGAAACAGGAAAGGCCAAUCAGAAAAAGUGUAGAGGAGUUAAAUAGUAAUGUAGAGUCUGUGUCUCAGUCCUCUUCUAGUACCUUUCAGUAUAUAACUCUACUAAAAGACAUGUGGAAAAAUAGGCAGCAACAAAUAAGAGAUAACGAAAAUGCAAUAAGUGAGUACUCCUCAGAGCUGGAAAAGCAACGACUGUAUAUAGAUGAGACUGUGAACAGCAAUAUCCCAAUUAACCUUCGUGUGCUCCGUUCAAUCCUGGAAAACUUGAGAAGCAAAAUACAGAAGUUAGAAAUGGAUGUCUCGGCUCAGAUAGAAUACUGCCGCACCCCAUGCACAGUCAGCUGCAAUAUUCCUGUGGUGUCUGGCAAAGAAUGUGAGGAAAUUAUCAGGAAUGGAGGUGAAACAUCUGAAAUGUAUCUCAUUCAGCCUCACAGUUCUAUCAGGCCAUACAGAGUAUACUGUGACAUGACCACAGAGAAUGGAGGAUGGACAGUAAUUCAGAAUCGUCAAGAUGGUAGUGUUGACUUUGGCAGGAAAUGGGAACCAUAUAAACAAGGAUUCGGCAAUAUUGCAACUAAUGCAGAUGGGAAAAAAUACUGUGGUCUACCAGGUGAGUAUUGGCUUGGAAAUGAUAAAAUUAGCCAGCUUACCAACAUGGGACCCACAGAACUUUUGAUUGAAAUGGAGGACUGGAAAGGAGACAGGGUGAAGGCACUCUACGGAGGAUUCACUGUACAGAACGAAGCCAACAAAUACCAGCUCUCAGUGAACAAAUAUAAGGGAACAGCUGGCAAUGCCCUCAUAGAAGGAGCUUCUCAACUGGUGGGAGAGAACCAGACCAUGACCAUUCACAACAGCAUGUACUUCAGCACGUACGACAGGGACAAUGAUGGCUGGAUAACUGCAGAUCCCAGCAAGCAGUGUUCUAAAGAGGAUGGUGGCGGAUGGUGGUAUAAUAGAUGCCACGCAGCCAAUCCAAAUGGCAGAUACUACUGGGGUGGACAUUACAGUUGGGACAUGGCAAAACACGGCACAGACGACGGAGUGGUGUGGAUGAACUGGAAGGGGUCCUGGUAUUCCAUGAAGAAGAUGUCUAUGAAGAUCAGACCCUUCUUCCCACAGCAAUGACCCCCCAAACGUAGAUUUUUAUUCUUCUCUAUGUAAUAGCAUUUUUGUAUAUUAUGUCAUUGGAGUAUUCUUUCACACAUUAUAUCCCUCUAAAACUACCGAAAGGUUGUGCGUGUGACUUUUGGGGUAAAAGUAUUUAGGCUAAAUGACAUUAAAAAUAGCACACGAGUUAUUUUUGUAUUCUUCAUUUGUAUUUCUCACCGAGAAGUAACUGAAACAGUCAUUGUGGACACUGUCCAUAAUUUUAAUUUCAGUUGAUUGUGAGAAGUUUCAAAUUAGGAAGAGGAGUUUUCUAUCCUUGUUGUAGAAAAACUGUUAGGCAAACUAAAAACUUAUGUUCAAAAGCCCAUUUUAAUACUAUUUAUUUAUAUAAGAUCUGUCACCAAAAGAAAACUUUCGAAAAGACUUAUUAAUUAAAGUAAUCAUUGUUACAAAUAAA